CAGGAGAGCCAUGGAUAAAAGUGAGUUGGUACAGAAAGCCAAACUGGCUGAACAGGCUGAGCGUUACGAUGACAUGGCUGCUGCUAUGAAGGCUGUCACUGAACAAGGACAUGAACUGUCCAACGAAGAAAGAAAUCUGCUCUCAGUUGCCUACAAGAACGUGGUUGGUGCCCGUCGCUCGUCCUGGCGUGUCAUUUCCAGCAUUGAACAGAAGACAGAGAGGAAUGAGAAGAAGCAGCAGAUGGGAAGAGAAUAUCGUGAGAAAAUUGAGGCUGAAUUGCAGGAUAUCUGCAAUGAUGUUCUGGAACUCCUGGAUAAAUACCUUAUUGUGAAUGCCACACAGCCAGAAAGCAAGGUCUUCUAUUUGAAAAUGAAAGGCGAUUACUACAGAUACCUCUCAGAGGUGGCAUCUGGGGACAAUAAGCAAAGUAAGUAG